UGCGGGGCCGGGCCGGCGCCUCCUCCGCCCGCCGGCGCUUCCCGUCCCUUCCCUUCCCUUCCCGUCCCUCCCCGCCGCCGCUCCGCGAGGGGCAGGGCCGGGCUCCCCUCGCUGUCCCCGGCCCGCGCGGCCCGGCCGCGGCUGCCCCGGUGAGGAGCAGAGUGGUGGCAACUCUACAGAAAAGUUAAAUGUCUUCAGAGGACAAGGAGGCUCAGGAGGAUGAGCUGCUGGCUCUGGCCAGCAUCUACGAUGAGGAUGAGUUUAAGAGAGCAGAGUCUGCCCAAGGAGGAGAAACAAGAAUUUGUCUGGAGUUGCCUCAAGACUUCAAAAUUUUUGUGAGGGGCAGUUCCACAGAGAAUCUCCAGGGCAGUGGCUUCGAGUACUCCGUGAGCUUCCUGCCUCUCGUGCUGAAUUUCGAGCUCCCACCUGACUACCCAUCGACCUCCCCGCCCGUGUUCACCCUCAGUGGGAAAUGGCUCUCCCACGCCCAGCUCAGCGCCCUUUGCAAGCACUUGGACAAUGUGUGGGAAGAGAACCGAGGCUGCGUGGUGCUGUUUGCCUGGAUGCAGUUUCUGAAGGAGGAGACACUGAAUUACCUGAAUAUUUCAUCGCCAUAUGAGCUGAAGAUGUGCCCUCAGGGGAAGGGGCAGGGCCGGACAGCAGCGGGGCCCCCCGAGGCUGGGAAGGACUCUGGGGGUGCCACGGGCUCUGCCACAGCCGAGGAGGAAACCGUGGAUGCCAGGGCUGUGCAGGAUGUGGAGUCCUUGUCCAGUCUGAUCAGGGAGAUCUUGGACUUCGACCAGGCCCAGAGGAGGAAGUGCUUUAACAGUAAGAUGUACUCGUGCAGUAUCUGCUUCUGUGAGAAGCUGGGCAGUGAGUGCAUGCACUUCCCCGAGUGCAGCCACGUGUACUGCAAGGCCUGCCUGAAGGACUACUUUGAGAUCCAGAUCAGGGAUGGGCAGGUGCACUGCCUCAACUGCCCCGAGCCCAAGUGUUCUUCUGUCGCCACUCCAGGCCAGGUGAAGGAGCUGGUUGGGGAGGAGCUCUUUGCCCGCUAUGACCGCCUGCUGCUGCAGUCCAGCCUGGACCUGAUGGCUGACGUGGUUUACUGCCCCCGGCCCGGCUGCCAGACCCCCGUGAUGCAGGAGCCCGGCUGCACCAUGGGCAUCUGCUCCUGCUGCAACUACGCCUUCUGCACCCUCUGCAAGAUGACCUACCACGGGGUGUCCCCCUGCAAGGUCACUGCAGAGAAAUUAAUGGAAUUGAGGAAAGAAUAUAUAGAAGCAGAUGAGACAACUAAAAGAUUUUUGGAACAACGCUAUGGCAAGAGAGUGAUUCAGAAAGCCCUGGAGGAGAUGGAGAGUGAGAAAUGGCUGGAGAAGAACUCCAAGUCUUGUCCUUGCUGUGGGACCCCCAUCGAGAAACUGGAUGGCUGUAACAAGAUGACCUGCACAGGGUGCAUGCAGUACUUCUGCUGGGUCUGCAUGGGCUCCCUGUCCCGGACCAACCCCUACCAGCACUUCAACGACCCCUCCUCGCCCUGCUUCAACAGAUUGUUUCAAGACGUGCACAUUGACAAUGGGGAGUUCUGGGAAGGAGAUGGUGAUCAUUAGCUUCCUCCAGCACCAAAAGGGAUGAGUGCCAAGGCAGUGAGCUGAGGAUGUGCCCAGUGAGAGGGUGAAAAGAAUCAGGAAGAGAUGAACUUGAAUUCUUCAAGAUACUGACAAUUACCUUGUGUUCUCAGUUGAUGAAGUAAUUUAUUUUUCAUUUACUCUUCAUAUAAGAAAUUUGAUGGUUGAUAUUUUUGCUUCUGGACUAGAUUCUUUAUUUCCACUGGUUUUGCACUUCAAAUUAUUGCAGCACCAAAUUGUUUCCCCUAAAAUCUCAGCAAGUGGUUUUGAGAGUAUGAAGGUGAUUACUGGAGGCAAACACUGAUUUUUUACAAGGUUUUCCACUUGCAGAACAGUCUAAAAGUUUAUUUGGAAACUAAAGCUGCGUGUGCUGUUUUCAAGAGCAGCAGGGCCUGGAUGGAAAGCUCUGGAGCUGAGACUCCUUAGGAACUGUGUGUGAUCACAGCUCACUCAGUUCUGACUGAAUUAAUGAAUUUAUCCUGGGAUGUGUGGCCAUAAUGAGUGGUGCUGCAGUUCCCCGUGCAGAGGAGGAGUCUGCACUCUUGGAACUGGCACAGGGAUUAAAAGGCUGGAAGGAAGAGCAAAUCUCACCUCAGCUGAAUCUCUAGGUCAGUGUGUAGGAAAAGUCUAUGGUGUGUAUGGUUUGUUUUCCUGCACCUUUCACAUGCACUAAAUUCACUUUAAGAUGGUAAACACAGUGUCCCUCUUUGUCUUCCUUGUGGCAUGGAUUUGGCAGCACAGGUGUGCCCAGGUGCUCCUGGGGGUGGGCCAGCCCAGAGCUCCCAGCUGGAGCUGGCAGGGAUGUGUGCUGCUCAUGGCAUUUAGUGCCCUCCCACCCCGAGGGCCCUGCUUCUCCCUCUGAGGAAACACUGGGCAAGGAAGGUGGGAGCACCAAACUGCCUCCAGGACAGCUUUGCUACCCUCAGCACACUGAGACCGAGCACCAGACACACUCAAAUGUCACCAUUUAAAAAAUUAAAGACAUUUAGUGGAGAAAGUUACAUUACAGAUCAACUUACAAAACUUUGUAUAAAGAAAAUAAAUGUUGCCCAGUUUUCUUGCCCCUCGUGUGAGAGGACUGGACAGAAAUCCCAGGA